GAUAAGCUUUUUUUCAGCUGAGAGGAAAUCCUUAGGAAAUGUGAGGCAUCAUCAUGCAGUGUGAUUUCAAGAGGCUAAUACGGUAUUGACAAACUGUUUUAGUAACGAGGCGAUUUUAUUGUGUUUGGUAACAAACAUAGUAGGGGUUGGAUACAUUAAGAGCGGGACAUAGAGCGUAAGCGGCCUUUGUUAGGUCAAAAUGUCGAUUCAGUACGAGGUGGAACAGCUGGCUGACAGCUACGGGGUUUCGGACUCGUUUCCCAAAGAUUUCGGUUACGGUGAAGAGGAGCCCGACAUCGAGGACAGCUCGGCCCCGUCGGACAGCAAACCAAGGAUCCUGCUCAUGGGUCUACGGCGAAGCGGUAAAUCAUCCAUACAGAAGGUGGUGUUUCACAAAAUGUCCCCAAACGAGACAUUGUUUUUGGAAAGCACCAACAAGAUCUACAAGGAUGACAUCUCCAGCAGCUCCUUCGUUAACUUCCAGAUCUGGGACUUCCCCGGCCAGGUGGACUUUCUAGACCCCACCUUUGACUAUGAGAGGAUCUUCAGGGGAACCGGAGCUCUGAUAUUUGUGAUUGAUGCUCAGGAUGACUACAUGGAGGCUCUGGGACGGCUCCAUCUCACGGUGUCACGGGCCUACAGGGUCAAUCCAGAGAUCAAUUUUGAGGUGUUCAUCCAUAAAGUUGACGGCCUUUCAGACGAUCACAAGAUUGAAACACAGAGAGAUAUUCAUCAGAGAGCCAAUGAUGAUCUGGCAGAUGCAAGUUUAGAGAAGCUACAUCUCAGCUUCUAUUUGACAAGUAUUUAUGACCACUCCAUCUUUGAGGCCUUCAGCAAAGUGGUGCAGAAGCUCAUCCCCCAGCUCCCCACUUUGGAGAACCUUCUAAAUAUCUUCAUUUCUAAUUCAGGGAUUGAAAAAGCCUUUCUGUUUGACGUGGUCAGUAAGAUCUACAUCGCCACAGACAGCUCGCCUGUAGAUAUGCAGUCCUAUGAACUGUGCUGUGAUAUGAUCGAUGUGGUGAUUGAUGUCUCCUGUAUAUAUGGUUUGAGGGAAGAUGGCAGUGGCAGCGCCUAUGACAAGGAGUCCAUGGCAAUCAUCAAGCUCAACAACACCACUGUGCUGUACCUCAAAGAGGUCACAAAGUUCCUCGCUCUGGUCUGCAUCCUGAGAGAGGAGAGCUUUGAGCGUAAAGGAUUAAUAGACUACAACUUCCAUUGUUUCCGGAAGGCCAUCCACGAAGUAUUUGAGGUUGGAGUUUCUGCUCAGCGUCCUUUAGGCUCACAGGCGGUGGGCUCACCCUGCAACAAGGCGGUGGCUUUGAACGGCACGCCGCGCAACACGGUGUAAACACUGCUGCAAGAUAAAUCAAGAAUAAAUAAAAACAUGGAAAACGAAGGUUAAAGGAAGGAAAGAUGGGGGUACGACACAGGGGCUCAGCAGCGCUCGAAUCACGUCCCCUUGCUCCCUAAAACACUGAUGGAUGCCUUGUUGGAGGAAUCAGCAGUGAAGCACAGACGGGGAGUUUGGGCAUCUGUUUUUAGGUGAAUGUUAACGCACUGUGUCGGCUGUGUGGAGGUUGAGAAACUGCACCUGGACAGCAACAGCUUCAGCAUCUUUCCUCUAAAUUUCCUAAUGUGGCCAUAGGCUGCGACACUGAGCUGCUGGUUCUUCUUACGUGGACAAUGUGAAGAGGAAAGGGAAAAAAACACUGUCUGACCUCUGCUGGACAAACUGUGACGUCUCGAUCCUGUGCAGUGAUGACCCUGACCACUUCUGUGCUGAAAAAGACGGUGGAUGAGAACUGCUAGACCUAACCCACACCGUUCAGAGAUGGCCUUAGGUAGAUGGAGCUUAGCGGCAGAGCAAGCUUCCUUCUACCACCACUCCCCACACAUCACCUCACCCUAACCUAAUGCUGCCCAAAACUCGCUUUUUGGUUUCACUUGUGAAGGGAAACGGGUGUUGUGAGCAGACUGAAAAGGGAUUGCGCUGUCCAUCCAUCAAUGUCAUCUCUGUGUUUGAACAUCAGUAAAAGGUUUUGAUUUAGUCCCAUUCUGGGCUUCCCACAGUGACAGAUCGCAGAACGUUUACAUCCUUCAUCUCUAACAGCGGCUCAGCAUAAUUAAACAUUUUUCAAAUAGUUUAAUAAUCCUUUUUUUGUUAUGCUCUUUUGAGAAAUUUAUACUUUUUAUUUGGUUUUUUGAUGCUUAGUAUAAUGAGUUUGGCUUUUGUUAAAAGCAUUGCCAACAAAAUGUUAGAAAGCAGACUAUAAAAAAACUCCACCACAAUUAAAUCUGAAACAGAUUUCCACAUUAUAAAAUAAACUGGUUAACACUUGCAUGUGUCUCAACCUGUAAUUUCAAAUGUGUCCAAAUCUAUUGAUCUAUAUUUUUUGUUUAAAGCUGAUCACAAUGGUUCAUCAGAACAAGUUCUCAUUCCAAGCAUGUGCUCAUCUGUGUGUUAACUUGUAUUGUUCUCAGCCAUAACACUGCUCAUUGUAAUCAAAAGUGAAAAUAAAAAUGAUCCAACAAUAGAAAAACAAUGUCUACAUCUAAAA